GACCCCCUUCUACUCGCCGCUGUACUCGCCGCUGAUGAUUUUUAGCCAUGGCCAACGGCUGAGGGAAAAGGUUCACGAAAGCCCCGGUUAAUGCAAUACCCCAGCCAUUGGGUUCAAAGACUCAAUUUUACCACCCUUUUCCAAAACGGUUCCUAUCGCCAUAUCCGAUACCAUGAUCAUCCUACACUACUUGAACGAUUCUCGUGCGCAACGGGUCCUCUGGCUUUGUGAAGAACUCUCGCUUCCAUACGUCCUUGAGCACUAUAAACGCGACAACGUUCACCGGCGCCCUCCACCAGAACUCAGAGCCGUGGAGCCAUUGGGAACGUCUCCAAGUAUCGUAGACACUGGAGUAGAUGGUACGAAAAAAGUCGUUUUGGGCGAAAGUGGUGCAAUAGUCGAAUAUCUACUUGAAACGUAUGGUCAAGGAACUGAGUGCUAUAUAGAGCCGAAAAGUGAGAGGUGGACAGUUAAUCUGUUUUAUACCCAUCUCUCCGAAGGCUCUUUACAACCCUUGCUCUUCUUCCCCUUGCUCACGAAUGUUUACAAGUUCGGAGACCCGGAAUCGAACGGAAAAGAUACGAAAUAUGUAUGUCAGAACUAUAUCAACCCCAAUCUCAUCAAGUUCGGCAGAGUGAUUACGAAUCGGCUUCGCGCUGUUGGGCCCGGAAACUACCUUGCUGGGGAAUCUACGCCAACCGCGGCCGAUUUCAUGAUGUUUUAUACCCUUGGGGCAUUCAUUGCACGGGCACCGCUUGAAGCUGUUAGUGAGGAGAUGAAAGCGUAUAUUCAAAUGAUUAAAGAAAGGCCAGCUUACAAGAGAGCUCUAGAGAAAGGCGGUCCUUUUUCGAUGAUUUCGUGAAAUAUUCGUGCACAUGGCCCAGAAAAUUUGACUUAGGUCGCUCAAGUGGCCCCGUGGUAUUGAGGGCGCUGCCACCCCAAGCUUUCCAGAUCUAGCGAAUCAUAUUCAUGUGCAUAGGCUCUAAUAAUACAUUCUCUCUAUCCA